AUGGCGCUGUCGACAGCGCGGUUGCCAGAGGCAAAGCAUGACGACUCGGAGCUGGUGGCACCGCACGCGGUGGUGCUUGUGCUGGGGCGGCUCGAGCAGUCGCCGCGCAUGCUUGCACACGCCUCAGCUUUAGCGGCGGAGGGCUUUCGGGUGACCCUGCUGGGCUACGGCAACGUGGACGACCUGAACAACGCGCAAGUUCGUGUUGUGUCUUUAUCUCGCGCGACGCCAACUUCCGUCCACGCGGGCGAACAAACGCGACGCUGGCGGCGCCGUCUGAGUUACCCCUGGCGGGCGUUCUGUGCACUCGUGACGCGACUGUGGCUCGUGCGUCGCGCGUUCGAUGAUAUACCGCCGUGGGACCUCCUGGUGGCGCAGAACCCUCCCGCGUUUCCGACCUUGAUGUUGGUACCGUGGCUGCGAUGGCACCGCGCGCGACCGGGUGCAAUCGCCGUACUCGACUGGCACAACACGACGCACUCGAUUAUGGCCAUCAACCGGGCACCAGGCUCCGCUGUCGCCCUUGCAGCGCGUCUGGAGUACCUGCUUGGCGCGCGCGUAGCGGACGCACACCUCGCCGUCACUGGUACGCUCGGGGAGCACAUACUCGCAGAGAUGGCGCUUGAGCGGAGCAAGUUGCUGGUGCUUCCCGACCGCCCGUUACGCGACUGGACGCAGCGCUUCUUGUCGAGCGCGCUCGAUACCGAACAGCGAUACCACCGGCGCCGGGACCUGUGUCGUCGCGUUUUCCAUUGGACGGAUGAAGCGAUCGAAAGCGCGAUAGCCCAGGUUUGGCUCUGCAGCGCGACGAGCUGGUCACCAGAUGAACCCAUGGAGCUUCUCUUUCAAGCAGUGGUGCUUUUAGAGAAAAAGUACGGCUGGUCUGGGCGUCUUUUCAUUACGGGACGCGGUCCGUUGCGCUCGUUUUACGUGGAGCGAUUUUGGCCCCAGCUUGGCCUGACGCGCUGGAGCCUGCACGCACUCUGGCUACCGAGCAGAGACGACUACGCACAGCUGCUUUCUUGUGCUGAUGCCGGUAUUUCAAUGCAUCAAUCCUCGUCUGGAAUGGAUCUGCCGAUGAAGGUGUUCGAUAUGUGGGGCUGCGGUCUGCCGGUCAUCGCCUAUGCGUAUCCGUGCUUGGAAAAGGAUCUGCCGCUUCAGCGGCUCGAUGGCGAGUUGGAUGCCUCUGGAGCACCUUCAAGUGCGAUGAUGGGUACCGCAUUCACCGACUUGUCCAGUUUGGUGUCGUCCAUCAUACAGGUAAAGCGUCACCAAGAACGCUAUCGAGAGAAUGUCAUGCGCAUUUGCGCGACGGAUCCCACGUGGCAGUGGGAAUCGCAAUACGUGAAGCGCUUUCUGCCGUUUUUAGCGAAAAUGCGCGCAGAUAUGUUGUCUGCUGCAACGGAAACUACGACACGGAUGCAUCGCCGCUGA